AUGAGCUUUAAAGUUGAGUCAGAAAUCCAUUGUUGUGGCGGUAAGCUUUUGAAGUUGAGCCAUGACUCCAGUAAAACUGGGACAUCAAUGAACGUAAAUGUGUAUUUGCCCCAGCAAUUCUACCAUAAGCAGAGCGACAAAAUCCCAGUCAUUUACUAUUUGUCUGGUCUGAGCUGUACUCCGCAGAAUGUUUCUGAAAAGGCUUUCUGGCAGCUACAGGCCGAUCGUUUUGGGUUUGCGAUGGUUUUCCCCGACACUUCACCUCGCGGCGAAGAUGUUCCUGGCGAUCCCGCUAACGGCUGGGACUUCGGCCUUGGGGCCGGUUUCUAUGUCAAUGCUACCCAGCAACCAUACGCAAAGAAUUAUCAGAUGUUCAGCUAUAUCCACGACGAGCUGCCUACUGUUUUAGAUCAAUUCUUCAAAAACCCCUCCUUGGAUUUCCUAGAUAACAUUGCUAUCACUGGUCAUUCUAUGGGCGGUUUCGGAGCCAUAGCAGGUUUUUUGAAGCACUAUUCCAGCAAAAAGUACAAGUCUUGCUCGGCAUUCGCACCUAUCGUAAACCCUUCGAAGGUACCUUGGGGAGAGAAGGCGUUUGGUGGAUAUCUCGGUAGCGAUGCUGCAGCAUGGGAACAGUACGAUCCUGCUUCUUUGAUUCAAAAGGUUCAGAACAAUGGAACUGACAGAAUUUUGAUUCAUCAGGGCACAAGUGAUCCCUUUUAUAGGGACCAACUCAAACCUGAACUACUGUUGGAAUCCGUAAAGGGCACCAGCUGGGAGGGUAAAAUUGACCUCGAGCUGGUCGAAGGCUUCGAUCACUCGUACUUUUUUGUGAGUAGUUUUGUGCCACAGCAUGCUCAAUUCCAUGCUAAAAAUCUUGGUCUUAUUUAA